GCGCAGGAACGAAAAAAGACAUGUAUCUGGAGACGAAGGACGUUGCAGAGGAGGGAGAUCAAGAGAACUAACCGGCUACGACCUUGUUCCAACAGACAGGGACUUCUGCCACAAAAACACCGCAGAAAUUACACUGGGAUCAUGUUUUCCAGAUCUUCGUCAUACGUGUAUGCUGCGUCAAAGGCCGAACUCAAGAAGACUGGCGUGCGAUACACCGCUCAGUCUAAGAAGAACAGAAUCAAUGUUCAAUUGCUGAAGGACUUCCCGGGUGUGGGUAUAAAGGGCCAGAUCGUUGCCGUGAAGCCAUCAGCUAUGUCCAACAAGCUCCACCCUUUCAACGGAGCCGUGUACAUGAACUAUGAGGGUGCAGAACCUGCGAUCCCCGUUGUCACUAAGGCGGCCGCAGCCGCAGCUCUUGCAGCACUCAAGAACGCACAGAAAGAAUCCAAAAAGACGAAGAAGGUCAAGUUGAACCCAAUUUUGAAGAGUGAACUCGAAAAGUCGAAGAAGACUGACAACCUUUUGAGCAUGGACGAUCUUUUGGCUAUCGAUCUGAACGCCUUGUCUAAAGACAAUCUUGACUUAGUCUUUUCCAAGCUCCCAAAAAAGCUAAUUAUGGUCAAGAGGUCUAGAGAUAGUGUCCUCUCUUCUCCAGGUGAGCCGCUCGAUGCCAUUGACAAGCUCGGAACGUAUUACGCUGAAGUCACACACGAGGAAAGAGAACAACCGAUCACCAUUGUUGUCAACUCAAACAACUAGAACCUUCCUCACCACGCAAGAAAAACAAUUGCCCUUUUUAUAGAGUUUCACCUUUGUUCUGUACAUAUAGAUCCAUGGAUAACUGCAAAUAAU